GAUAACCUGGUUCCCACAGGUGCCGAGCCGCAAGCCUGGUUGAUGUCAACGACAAUCUCAAAUGAAAAUGAGGGGUCGUCAGGAACAAUCUCUGUUGCUAACCAGUAAUGGAAGCUCGUUAUUGCAUGGGAUCGAUGCCCGGUAUCUCCUCAUUCCGUCAUGAAUCGGCUGUAUUCAGGGAGCGCAGCUAUUAUAAAGUUGUACUCGCCCCUAGCAGUGUUUUGUUUCAGUCGCAGAUCCAACGCCGUUCGAUAUGCGUCUCUUCACGCUCUGGUCAGGAACAUUGCUAGCAACAGCUUGCGCCAACGAGUUGCUUCUCGAGCGAGAUUUGCCACCUCCAGUUGCUGCCAAUGCGAAUAGUUACACCGACUGCGCGAACGCAGCAUGGCCGCCGUCACACGUUGGGGUCGAAUUGGUGCCGCAAGCGCCCGACGACGAAUUGACGGCGAUGCUCGACGAGGUGGACCCGGCAAACAUCGAAGCAACAAUCAAGAAGCUGGUUUCAUUCGGAACACGGCAUACGCUGUCUACGCAGAACAGUACGACCCGCGGCAUUGGCGCAGCAAGAGAUUGGAUUGCGUCGGAGAUGCGCAAGUAUGCUGAAGAGUCGGAUGGCAGGAUGACGGUCUCCGUUCCUGGGUAUAUUCAAGGCAUCGCGUCGAGGAUACCGUUUCCGAUCAAGAUCUCGAAUGUAUUGGCGACUAUCAAGGGCUCUACCGAUCCGUCAAGAGUGUACGUGAUGACCGGCCAUUACGAUUCUCGAGUUACGGACGUGCUUGACUAUACAUCUGAUGCGCCGGGAGCCAACGAUGACGCGAGCGGAACCGCAAUUGCAAUGGAACUGGCACGUGUAUUAGCGAAAAGAGAACCAAAGUCCACGAUUAUCCUGGGUGCCGUAGCUGGGGAGGAGCAAAGCCUCUACGGCUCCACCUUCUUCGCUCAGACGCUUAAGAAUUCCAGCACGAACGUCGAGGGCAUGUUGAACUGUGAUAUUGUCGGCUCGUCAACUGGAGAUCGUGGCCAAAAAGACCCCUUCACCAUCCGUGUCUUCGCCCAAGGGCCACCUUUGACCGAAAAUUCAACCGUAGCUGCCCGCCGUCUGCAGAUCGGCGGCGAGAACGACUCACCAGCCCGCGAACUCGCCCGCUUCUCCAACGAGGUGGCCGCAAACGACGCCACGGGGAUGAACAUCGCCAUCAUCUACCGCCUGGACCGCUUCCUGCGCGGGGGCGAUCAUAGUUCCUUCUUGCAAGCCGGUUAUCCGGCUAUCCGCUUCACAGAGCCGAACGAGAACUUCGCACAUCAGCACCAAGAUCUCCGUGUUGAGAAUGGCACGCAAUACGGAGAUCUGAUCGAAUUCGUGGACUUCGACUUCACGGCUCGCGUCGGCAAAGUGAAUCUCGCUACGCUGUGGUCGCUCUCUGAGGCCCCGGGAAUGGUGAGGAAUGUCACGGUCGAUACCACAGCGCUGGACAAUAAUACGAGGUUGAAGUGGAUCGUCUCGAGUGAUUCCGAUGUGGCGAGCUACGAGGUGGUUUGGAGACCUACGGAUGCGCCGCUUUGGACGCAUAUGCUUGAUGUGGGCAAGGUUGGGAGCGUCACGCUGCCUUUGAGUAAGGAUAAUGUGAUCUUCGGGGUGAGGUCUGUGGGCACAAAUGGAUAUAAGAGCCCUGCUACGUUUCCUUUCCCUGGGUGAGGAAGCUUCUGUGGCAGAGAAGAGGCGUUGCCGAUGGUAGGAAAAGGAUCUAGGUCAUCGACACAUGCCCUUCUCCUGGUCAAUUGAGGUUACUUACUUAUCAUUAUCUGCGUGGAACAGUCGACCAUAUGUGCGUCCGG